CAAAAGUCCAACCUCACGUGGCUGUGUUGACCCUGACCCGCCUGGUCGUCCUGAAGACGUCUUUGAUUUACGCAGGAGGCAUGCCGUUGCGGCUCAUCGGGAGACUAACGUUCAAUCAUGAUUAUACGGUGUCGUAUUUGGGAAUCAUGGAAAUCAUGGCUGGAGGUGUCCUUAGUUUCGGUAACGCCUAACUUAGGUGUUGAGGAGCGGCUCGAGCAACGUUAAUUGAUCCCUCCCCGCACUGGGUCAUCAUUGGCUGUGGCCCGGGCAUUGUCCCUCCGUUUGGGUUGUACUGUACUCUGUACUGCUGCAUGUCUUCAACCUUUUAGUGCCCCGAGGCUGGAGAAUUGUAUCACUAGCUCCGCCAAUAGCAGCGGGAUAUGAUCAAAUAUCCCUGCAGCGUGUUCUCGUAUACAAAUGCGUCGUGUCAUCCCUUCCCUUGCAAGAAGGCCAUCGCUUUUCGGAUGUGGUGUGGCUCCCAACCAUUGCUGGGCACGGGAAGUUGCUGGCUGCUUGCAGAGGGGCAGUGUCUGGAUCGCUGAUCGCUGCUCCUUGCCCUACCUACCGAACGUGAGGGAAAUCUGAGGGUAAAAUGUGGGACGAAUACGAGAUUGCUCUUCCGCAUUGCAACUUUAUAUAUAUCCCUGGGCCUUUCGCAGCUGCAUAUCUCAUUUCUCUUCUUGACCUUGAUGGUGCACGUAAAACUACCCAUCAGGAUGGCAAUAUCGUAUCAAUCUGUUCCUAUGGAUAACGAAAAGCCCGAAGCGGUCUCGCCGCACUUCCAUGAAAUCCUUGGAGAGGAUGUUCAGUUAACGGACGAAGCGGGCACGCGGGUUGGCCACAACUUCUUCAUCGAUGAAGCUGGCCAGGUGGAAGAAGAGCAGAAAACCAGCGGAGAAAGUGUUUGGCGGGUGUUGAAUGAGCGGCAGAUUAAUAUGAUAGCCUUUUCUGGGUAUAAUAAACCCAAUCCCGUCAAACUCCCAGCACCAUGACGUUGGAACUUGUCAAUUAACGAAAUAUGCCUUGGUCAAUAGGACAAUUGGAAAUGGUAGCUCCUCUCCCACAACUUCGCAGCUAGAGGAUCUAACGUCUAAUUAUUAAAAAAAAAAAAAAAAAAAGGGCUUUUUCUUGGGAGCGGUCGAUCCCUUGCUUCUGCUGGGCCUGGCGGCGCAGUUCUGGGCUAUGUGCUCAUGGGCACGGUUAUCUCCUCAGUCGUCUCCUGCUUGGGUGAAAUGACUGCAUUGAUGCCGGUAAAUGCUCCAAUUAUGGAGUUUCCUCGGCGCUUCCUAGAUCGUGGUGUUGGUUUUGCUGUCGGUUGGAUAUACUGGUUCGCCUACGGAGUGCUUGCAGCUGACCAGCUAGUUGCCGUGGCAAACACUAUUCGUUUUAAAUAUAUCGAUGAUUAUGGAACGCAUUUGGAAUGGGUAACUGGAAGGAGUGUUCAUGCAGCAGUGUGGGUGUCAGUAGUUCUAGUAACUGUAACGUUGAUCAAUACGUGGCCCGUCAAGUACUAUGGCCAACUCGAAUACGUUUUCGGUUGUAUAAAACUUUCGUUCCUCGUUUUAGCCAUUCUAAUGAUGGUUAUUUUGGGUACAAUGAAGCCCCUGGACACCAGAUACCAUAGCACGCCCGUUGGUACCCGCUACUGGGACUCACCGUACUCCUUUUUUAGGCCAACGUAUACGGUUCGAGGCCACACAACGGGUGACGUUCAGCGAGAGAUCGGAGGUUCGGUUGGCACAUUCCUUGGGGUGUGGACUACUUUCACAAACAUUAUUUUCUCCUAUGUGGGAAUGGAUAUGGUUGCAGCCACAGCAGCGGAAAGUAAAGCGUUAUCCAACGCCGAGAGUAUGAAGAUGGCGUCGCGCAAGGUUUCGAUUCGAGUCGUUACUCUGUACACUCUCUGCAUGUUGACAGCUUCAUUUCUGGUCCCAUAUGAUCAUCCUUUCCUCAACGGUGAAGGCCAAUCUGAGAGCUCGCACUCAAUAUUUUUGAUCGCUGUAGUCCAAGGGGGACUCCCGGCCGCUGCUCACUUUUUCAACGCAAUCUACUUGUUUUCUGCCUUUGCAUCCGGGAUUAACACCAUGUACGUCUCUUCGAGAGUCUUGCAUACUUUGGCGCUACGUGAUCAGACGGGACCAGAGUUUAUCACCAGAAGGUUGCGUCAGUGUCACAAUGGUGUUCCACUGAGGGCAGUCUCGGUGACUGGAGCAUUGAUGUGCCUUGGGUACUUGGGGACUGGAUCUUCAGGCCAGAGAUUGAGCGAGCUUGCAACGAACUGCACGGUGUCAUGUUUGAUUGUGUACAUUGUAGUCUGUGCUACUUACCUAGGGUUUUUUAAAACAUUACAUGACGUUAAACUCUAUGGGAAUACAUCCGAAGCCCAAGCUGCGUGCUAUGAUCGUAAUCACCCUCAGUACCCCUACAAAUCCCACGGACAGUGGCUAAAAGCUUGCUACGGUUUGGUUGCAUGCACCCUGUUGGUUAUAUUCAACGGAGUGCCCUCUUUCCUCCAGGACCCAUUCGAUCUCCGCGGAUUUUUCGCGUCAUACAUUGGAGUUCCCGUAUUUUUCGUGCUUAUUGUAGGCUACAAGUUGUCCAAGCAUGGGCUCGACUUUUCGCAUUGGGGCCCGGAGAGGUCCAAUGAUCUUCGCAACUGCGUCCAGGUCACGAGCGAGAGGAGGAAGGGAAGAUUACAGUUCCCAGACGACGGUCUUACCAAAGAUAAUCUGCAGGAAUUCGCCCAAUGGGUCUGGGUGUGGACGAAGUAACGUGGGCGGCUUACGACGAGAAGCUUGAUUAAUUUAAACAGCGAGAUUAUAUUUUUAGGGCAUGCAUGGGUGGAUAUACCAAUCUGUUACCAUUUUCACUUCCAAUAUAAAUUAAUGCAUGUGAAUAUAAUUUUGUUUAUUGAUUAUCCAAGUUCAUAACUAUCAUGUUUCGAUAUAACCUGCGCUCUGUUGAAUUCUAUAAACUCCUGCCUGUUA